CUCCUGCUCCUGAAAGGCAGCUCAACUAAAAAGUGUGUUGCGAGACAGUGAGAGCCUCGGCAGGGCUGCACUGCAAAAACACAGAGGUUGAGAGGGUUAAGAGAGAACGAAGGCGAGGGAGAGAGCUGGAAAAGAGCACAAAGAGGAGGAAAGUGGAGCAAGGGAGGGGAUUUGAACGCCCGGGUGAGGGGGAAGAGAGGCAGAGGGAGAGGGAAAGACAAAAGAAAGAGAGGGAGACGUAGUAGGAGCAGGGGGAAGCGAGGGGACGGAGCAAAUGGCUACGGAGGAGACGGCAGGGGGAGCGCGCAAAGCCACCAAGAGCAAACUGUUUGAGUUCCUGGUCCAUGGAGUGCGUCCUGGAAUGCCGUCUGGAGCGAGGAUGCCCCACCAGGGUGCUCCCAUGGGCCCCCCCGGACCCCCGUUCGGUGGGAGCCCCGCGGUGCGGCCCGGCCUACCCGCCCCGGUCAUGGAGCCCAGCCGCAAGAGACCUGCCCCCUCCCAGCAGGUCCAGCAACAGCAGAACGUCCAGAACCGGGCCAGAAAGAAGCCAGUGGGAUUCCCCGGAGCCAAUGAGAUGCCAGCGAGGCAGAUGGACAUGAGAGAUGCCCAAUCAGAUCCAACGCUCGGAUCAAACGCCAAGAGAAGGAAAAUGGCAGACAAGAUUCUUCCACAGAGGAUCCGUGAGCUGGUCCCGGAGUCCCAGGCUUACAUGGACCUGUUGGCCUUUGAACGUAAACUGGACCAGACUAUUAUGCGUAAACGGGUGGACAUCCAGGAAGCCCUGAAGAGACCCAUGAAGCAAAAGCGUAAACUGAGGCUGUACAUCUCCAACACCUUCAACCCUGCCAAGCCUGACGCUGACGACUCAGAUGGCAGUAUUGCAUCAUGGGAGCUGCGGGUUGAGGGGAAGCUGCUGGAUGAUCCUGGGAAGCUGAAGAGGAAAUUCUCCUCGUUCUUCAAGAGCCUGGUGAUCGAGCUGGACAAAGACCUGUAUGGUCCUGACAACCACCUGGUAGAGUGGCACCGCACUCCCACCACCCAGGAGACUGAUGGCUUCCAGGUGAAGAGGCCAGGGGACGUGAGCGUUCGUUGCACACUGCUGCUAAUGCUAGACUACCAGCCCCCCCAGUUCAAGCUGGACCCUCGUCUUGCUCGCCUGCUGGGUAUCCACACCCAGACCCGCUCCUGUAUCAUCCAGGCCCUGUGGCAGUACGUCAAGACCAACAAGCUGCAGGACUCCCACGACAAGGAGUACAUCAACUGUGACAAGUACUUUCAGCAGAUCUUUGACUGCCCGCGGCUCAAGUUCUCGGAGAUCCCCCAGCGUCUCACCAACCUCCUCCUGCCCCCUGACCCCAUCGUCAUCAACCACGUCAUCAGCGUGGACCCUAAUGACCAGAAGAAGACAGCGUGCUAUGACAUCGACGUGGAGGUGGAGGACCCCCUGAAGAGCCAGAUGAGCAGCUUCCUGCUCUCCACUGCCAACCAGCAGGAGAUCGCCUCACUGGACAACAAGAUCCACGAAACCAUUGAGUCCAUCAACCAGUUAAAGAUCCAGAGGGACUUUAUGCUCAGCUUCUCCAGAGACCCUAAGGGCUACAUCCAGGACUGGCUCAAGUCCCAGAGCAGAGACCUGAAGCUGAUGACGGACGUGGUGGGGAACCCGGAGGAGGAGAGGAGGGCGGAGUUUUACCACGAGCCCUGGUCUCAGGAGGCCGUCAGUCGUUACUUCUACAGUAAGAUCCAGCAGAGGAGACAGGAGUUGGAGCAGGCCUUGGCUGUGAGGAACACCUAAACACCCUGUCAAGGACGUCUCUCUCUCUCUCUCUCUCUCUCUGCACUCUUCAUCUGACCCCAGACCUGUGUUUUUGUGUGUUGUGUUUGUUUGUUUUUUUCAUCGCUGUAGUACUGACCUCUGGCCCAUCCCCCAAUUGCAUGUGUCCAAAACAAACGUCCCUCAAUCUGUUCAGCUCUGACUGACCGAAUAUCUCUCUCCACACUCCUGCGACCACAGGCCUUCGCCGGACAUUUUGUUUCUCAAAAGAACCCACUAGCAUAUCACUGUCUUUCCAUAGAGACUAGAAGUCAUUGUACCAGCUGCCUGCAGAACGAUCACUGUUUUAGAUCCUUCUCCUCUCAACCAGAUGGACUUUUCUGCUGAGUCAUAGUGCCCCACUGCGUCUCAUUCGGAUGAGCCCAAAGUGGUCAUUUGUAACCCAAUGUUUCAAGUGUGACUCACACACAGUGGAUUGUGCCCAUUGUUUUAGUGUAUCAUUAGUGGUAUUGUUCAUGUGAGCAAUAUGCUCCAAGUGUGCAUGUGUGUUUUUGAUGUGCGGAAACCAAAUUUACACCAGCAGAAUGAAGAUUACUGUAUGAAGUAAUGGGUCGGGGGACUGGGCUAAUUUCCCUUCUGAAGCCCAAAUGUUGAGGUCUGUCAUUUAAAAAAUGAACUUGUUCAAGGAAGGCAGCUUUCAUGAAUGAGAUUUCCCCCCAUUAUUAACUAAUCAAGACCCAAUCUAAGAUGAGUUUGUUUUGUUCCACCUUUCUACCGUAAUUCCCUUAAAUAAUGUAACUGUAAAAGUAGAUCUCUGUAUAAGUGAAUAUAUUCCAUCAGAUUAAGUUAAAAGGGACGAGGAUGAAUAAGACUCAUAUCUGUUGACCGUAGAAGAUGGACGUUAACGCGAGGAGGUAACGGUAGGCACAAGGCGAAGUAAUGUAGUAACACUUGGCGGCCACAGCGUGGCGCCUUAGAGCCAGGACAGCCUGCAUGUUUUUACACAGACUAACUCCCUGUAACACAGAGCACCCAGACAGACUUGUCCCCUGAAGGCACUUCUUGACCGCAGUAAAUGACCGUGCAAAAUGGAUUAACGUUAGUGGUUAAAUGUUUGUGUUGCUAUUUUAGACAGAUAUGUAUUCCAGGUGCUCAAUGUCCUGCCAUAAUAACUGUACAAAAAGUCAUGUUUGGGAAGAGUAUUAGCUACAGAACCCUCUCAGUGCUCAAAUCAGUGUUUUUUAAUGUUAACGAAGGACACAUUUUGGGAUACGGUGUGAGUAACCAACACCAUUUCCUAUGUUGAAGAAUCAUGGUGCAGGCAGUGAAAAUGCAGCCUGACAAAUGUUGGCCCGAAACUUGUAGUAAUCCUUUUAUUCGAAAUGAAUUGGGAAAUAGGUAUUUGUUCAUUGUAUUUUUUUAAAGUUAACAUUUACUGUGAACUACCAGUCUGAAGUGGAUCUGUCUGACGGCAUUUUGUCCUUGAACGUUUUGACGGAGUCACCAAAGGUCUCGAUGAACAGUAUUAGAAUGGUUCAAAUGGACAAUGAAUAAUGAUUACCGUGAUUUUGUCUAAACCCGAUAAAGCUACGUUACCAGUUGAUAUUGAACAAGGGUGAAUAGGACAACGUUUUUAAAGGAAACCUCAAUGUAAAUCUUUUUUCAUUUUUUUUCAUUUCAGGGAGAGCACUGUUUUUGUCAGUGUGUUUGGUUUAGUGAAGUGCGGGACAUGGGGUGGGAAGGAUCGGGGUCCAUACGUUUAAAGCUGUAGGACAGGGGUGCUAGUGUCCCUCUGUGUACACUUGAGGGAAGGGUGUGGGGGAUGGUUAUUUUAGGCCCUUCUUGUUGAGUUUUAAUAGGGCAGAACCACAAAAUGUAAUGCUGGGAGUGAUGAUACCUCCCUCUCUCCCCACCCACAGGGAACGCCCAUCUCUUUAACUAACUUCCACAGCAACUCAGUUCUGUGCCCUUCUACAGUAGUUUUGUGCUUGUGAUGGGAGAAGCCUUCUCAGAAAUCGGUUUCUGAUAUGAAGUCAACACUGCUGUCUUCUGUAAGGUUCAGUCACAUCAAAAUUGUGUCCAUGUUACAUCUCUUUUGUGUCAACAUUUUCUUCAACGUAGCUGAGACCUAACUCAGCAUAAACAAAGAGGUUGGAUUUCUUAAAGACCUAUGCAUGCUGCAUGGACAGGUUUUAUACAUUUAAAACGGGACAUGUAAAUACUCUCACAAAUGCAUGGAAGUGGAUCUGGAGAGCAAUGGAUUUGACACAAUUUCCAUGUCGAAGGGGCCUUUACUGAACAUUUGCUAAAAACCUGUGUGCUACCCAACCAGCAUAGAUGUUAUCUGCAUAAGAGUUUUUGUUACUACAGGUUACGUGUAUUUCAACCGCACCAAGCAAGGGAGCAUAAUCGUUGUUGUAUUCAAUUAUGUGUCAAUCAAUACUUGUGUUUGACCCAGAUUGGUCUUGUAUGGUUGGCAGUCAUGGAGCAUUAUUGACUGUAGGGCUCCCCUUUCUGGGCAUUUUAGAAACUACAACUCACGGACGCCGGAAACCUUGUGUCAUCUGACUAUAGACUGUACCUAAACUGUGUGCUUCUCUCUCUCUCUCUGACUAAAAGCAUUGAUAUUGGUCUACCCGAAAGGAUCGGUGGUAACCGCAGUUUCUGUGCAUGACUUUGUGAGGAGUGCCCAUGUUCCUCACAGCUCUCUUUCCACUGCUACACCAUUUUGUCUGUUGGUCACCACCAUGGAGAUAUAGCUCUCACUUGUGCAAAUGUUCUGGGUUACCCCAUUCUACAACAACAACAACAACAAAAAUGAAGAAAAAAUAGAAAAAUUAAAUGAUGAAACUACAGCUGUGACUCAGUGAGACAGCCUGGAUGUAAAUAAAGAAGCGCUUGCCAAAGUUUGUAAAUGCCA